AUGAAUCGGCUCGGCCUCCUCGUCCUGCUGACCGUGGCCAGAGUGGCCCACAGCAUACAGAACACCUGUGGAUGGACUUGCGGCCUCCGACCCAUGGUGUCUGACUCCACAUCUCUUGACAACGACAUGACACGCAUCGUGGGUGGCACAGAUGCCAAGCCAGGGUCCUGGCCUUGGAUUGUCAGCAUCCAGCACCCCUGGCUACCAUAUCCGGGGCAUUGGUGUGGAGGGUCUCUCAUUGGCAUAGACUGGGUCCUUACAGCAGCCCACUGCUUUGAAAAGAUCAAGAAAUUUGGUAUCAUGAAGGUGGUGAUUGGGGUCACCCAGUUGACUCAGCCGGGCCCUGGUGCACAAGUGCGCCAGAUUAAGAAGCUAUAUCUUCAUGAAAACUAUAAGAGACGUGAUAUAAGUAAUGACAUUGCCUUGCUGGAACUGAACGAGCCUGUCGAGUGCAGCCCCUACAUCCAGCAGGCCUGUGUAGCUGAACCCACCCUAACAGUCUCAGAGCUGCAAAACUGCUGGAUUGCUGGCUGGGGUAAACGUACAGAAGAAGGUGAAGACAAAACUGAUCACCUGCAGGAGGCCAAGGUCCAACUCAUCGAUCUCCAGCUCUGCAACAAAACUGGCUGGUAUUCAGGGAGAGUCCACACCCACAACUUGUGUGCUGGUUACCCACAGGGCACCAUCGACACCUGCCAGGGUGACAGCGGUGGUCCUCUAAUGUGCCAGGACAUCAACAGUGACUCCUGGUGGGUUGUCGGAGUGACCAGCUGGGGACAUGGCUGUGCCAGAGCAAGGCUGCCUGGAAUCUACACCUCCACUCAGUACUUCUAUGACUGGAUUCUGACCCAGAUGGGGCUCAGCCCAUUUUGAAGUGCUUCUUGAACAGCAAGAUGGGCAGCAUCCAGGGCAAGCUGCAGUGCACAGCGAGUGUUUCCUGAUGGGGCAAUGGCUGCUGAUCC